UAAAAAAAAAGUUCCUGCUUUUGACCCACCCCACAGAUGCUACGUAAAAAAAAUGAGGCAGCUUUGUUUUCCCGCAGUGAUGAAUGUGAGCUGCUUGCUAAACUCAGACACGUCACCGCAUGAGCGUGAGAGCAUUUAAAACAAUCUUUAUAGUUGUCGCCCCUUUGUGUUGCCGCUUUGGCCACCUUUCACACGUCGUCGUGAGCGCAUGUGUACGCUCGCUCGCAGGACUUACCAGUUCCACCUUAAGAGCGACAGGGAGGGUGAAAGUUUUGGUUGCAACUCGGCCGGUCCACCUUAAGCGCACAAGCAGGCGUACGGCAAGGUUUCCGCUUCUGAACUCGCGGCUCACGAGAGCACCGAGCCCCAAACUAACGUAAGGUUGACGCACUGAAGCUAGCCGAGAAAGAAAGAAAAGAGAGGCGGGGGAAGAGGGAAAAAAUGUCCGACUCCAAGUACCGAGAGUGGAUUCUGGACACCAUCGACUCCCUACGGUCGAGAAAAGCCCGGCCAGACUUGGAGAGGAUCUGCCGAAUGGUCCGUAGACGACACGGGUCCGAGCCCGACCAAACGUGCGCAGAACUGGAGAAACUGAUCCGGGAGCAGACGGUGCUCAAAGUCAACUACAAGGGCUCCAUAUCGUACCGGAACGCCGCCAAGGUUCAGCGGAGGUGCCGCAAAAAGGACGACGCGGUGUCUGCGACUGUUGGAGUCGGAGGAGGUGGAGCGGCGGCUGUGGCAGCGGCAAAGAGCGCGGUGGACGACGCCAGUCAUUCGGACUUGAGCAACGGGGACAGCGCGCUCGGUGCCGCGGACCCGGACGACGACGACGAGGAGGAGGAGGCGGACACCUCCAUGGCGAUGGACACAGACAGUAAUGCAGAUGAGGAAGGGGGCGACGAGAGCCGGGACAGACAUUACGGACCCUCCCCUGGCCCUGCAUGUGAAGCUACGGCCAUGCAAGGUGCGGGAGCGCGAGCGGCAUCCGCCCCCUGCUCUCCCUCUGGCACUCGGCCCAGUCCCGGUGCCCCCCUUGGCUUGGGCCUGGAUUGCAUCUCAUUCCAAAGGGCUGGUACAAGGCCCAGCUCCUUGCCCCCCUCCAGCCCGAGGGCCCUUGCACACAAUGACUGGGCUUAUGGUGCCGCUGGCUGCCCAGUGGAGCGCCAGGACACAGGAAUGCAGAUAGACAAAGUGGCCAUGAAAGCAACAGUCCACCCUGUGGCGCUCACUCCGAAGAACAAUGUCAAAAAAGAAGACAAGACAGAGGACAGCAGCCCUCUCACAGACCAGCUGGUACCAGAUUACCCCACACAACUGGAGAGGAGCGGCGACAUUUCCGAGGGACGGACACAGACUCUGUCGUCGUUGGACGACUCAGGUACUUUAAAGAAGAAUGCAGAGAUGAUCUCCCCCCCACAAGUCAACAACGUUCUAGUGAAUGGGGAUAAAAGCGAUGACAUCUCAGUGAAGAAGGAGAAGAUGACUCAGAACUUGCUACAGUGGAGUGUGGCGGACGUGGUAACUUACUUCUCCGACGCGGGCUUCCCAGAACAGGCCGUGGCGUUUAAGACACAGGAGAUUGACGGCAAGUCGCUGCUGCUCAUGCAACGCAGCGACGUGCUGACAGGCCUGUCCAUCCGACUCGGCCCCGCCCUCAAAAUCUACGAGCGUCACAUCAAGGUGCUCCAGAGGACCCACUUCCUGGAGUGUGAGGACCUCUGAGACAAUAUAUGGAGGAAAGAAGGAAGGGGGGGGGGGCUAGUGACUUAAAAGACAUUCAUCCUACCUCUCAUUAUGAUCCCCAUUUCACACUGGCGCACAGGAGGUGCGCUGGCCCUUUAAGAAGAGCCACACCAUGUAUCAUGAAGCCAGGGGCUGUGUACCCUGUGGACUUCCUAUGGGCUCAUACCCCCACCUUUUUUUCCCUCAACGACUGAAGUGCUGCACUUGGGGCGGGGGCUCCUCCAGAACCUUCUUCCUACUCGCUUCUGUGGUGAGACCUUCCCCAAAACCACGCAGGUAAAAAAGUGCAUCAAAGUUCCUGCAGUAGCUGAUAGCACUUCCUCGUCCUCGUUCAUUUCUACUUACCUCAUUGAUUUGCAUUAAGAGCAGCAAUGGCCGCCUGCAUGGUAAAUAAUACAAGAACCAGGCCGAGCCAAUACAGAGCAGAUCAGAUGCAAUAUUUGUUAUCGUUCAUCGUUUUUGUCAUGCCAUCUAUACAUGACUCUUGAAGUGUGUAACAUUCCAUAGGAUGUAGUCCACCUUGUCUUAAAUCAGUCCGUCAACACAAAUAAAGCCUUGUUCAGCCUCUUGAUACUUUUUUUUUAUUUAGCCCUUUUUUUGUACAAUCAUUGAAAGUGGAAGAUGUUUUCAUUUUCCCUCAAAUGUCUGUAAGCAAUUACGUGAAGCACUGUGGCUCCGAUUAGUAGACAAAUAAAUCCAAAGAACUUAAAAAAAAACUGCA